GUCGAUUUUACUAUUAUUGUAGCAGCAGCACAUCGAGAGCUAAGCUGGUGGUUUACGGAUGAUUUUUAUUUAAAUUUUCGAACAAAAAAAUAAACAUUGAAGACGGUACGGUUUUAUAUAUCUGUGUGUGUGUUUGUUGUUGGAUUUAUAAUAACAAAAUAAAUAAAUAUAAACAAAUUGUAAAACAUAAAUAAAACUAAAAAUUAUUUAAAAAAAAAAAGAUUUUUCAGAGUGAAUCUUCUGUAUAAAACAAAAAAAAGUAAAUUAGAAAAAGCUUUACAAAAACAUAAUAAAUGAAAUAAAUAUGUGUAAAAAAAAAUAAAAUAAAUAAAAUUUGAAAUAAUUAAAAAAAUAAUAAUUUAAUACGAAUAGCAAAAGUGUUAAAGUAAGAAAAUAAAGUGCAAUUUACAAUAACAAAAAAUAAUCAUAAUAAAAUAAAACAAAACAAAAAGGAAUGUGGAUUUACUUCUUGCGAGUUCUUUAGAUGGAUGUUUAAAAAAAGUUUUCAAAAUAAACCAUGUAAAUUUUGUUCAGUGCAAAAUCGUUUUGAAAGCCCAAAAUUGUGUAAAAAAAAUCAAAUCAAAUAAAGUUUUCACUAAAAUUUCAUAGCAUUUCUUUAUGUUUUAUGCAUUUCUUGGCGGCGGUAAACAAAAAAUAUCAAUUUUUGUUUAUUGGAAAAACAAAAUUGAUAUUAAACCCAAAUACAUGCUUCAGUUAAGCUGAGUUUAACUUCAGCAGCUGCAACACUAACAACUCAAACAACUUUAAAUUGCAGAGAGCAUAAAAGCGAAACAAAAAAAAACGAUAAAGCAUGUCUGGCGGUUUAAUGUCUUGUGUAAGGGAAAAUUCCCCUCCCUUAGAUAUGGAUGUUAAUGUUUCGGGACCGCUAUCGCUGCCGGAGCCCAGAAUUAAUAACUCCGAACUAAUGGGCAGUGUACACUCAUCAUCACAUCAUAAUAUCAUGUCUUCUACGCCGCUGGCGGCUCAACCAUCAUCAUCAUCACAUGCAGAGAGUGUAGGUGGCGGCGGUGCUGGUGCUGGUUUUACACCAACUGCCACACCACCCAAUACAGAACAAACCAAAAGACGAAGAUUUCAUCCGUUGCGUAAUUUACGACGCAUCUUUCGCAGGCGUACGAUAACCUCAGCAAGCACAGCUGCCGGUGAUACACCCACCUCCACAUUAACGGGUACUACGGCGAGUAGUAAUAGUGAAAAGAAUUUACGCAGUGCUACACUCUCGUCAAUAACGUCAGUGGCAUCGGCCUCAUCGCCCUCCUCACCCCUCACCCAUCAACAGUUACAGGACGCGUACUUGACGCAAUCAUUGCCAAAAUCAAAAUCAGCUUACAGUUCACUGCUGGGUGGUGGUAAGAAACAUCAAAGUCAUGAUUAUAAUCUGAAUGCGGAGACAAAGACGAAAUCGAAACAUAAACAUAAGAAUCAAAAACAUCAGCAACAAUCCAAAGAAUUAGAUUUUGAGAGACAUCAACAGGAAGCCGAAGAUAUGUUUGGCACAACAACACAAACAUCAGCAUCAUAUCAUCAUCAUCAUGUGCAUUCAUCCUCAUCAACGUCAUCGUCAGCAACGGCCACUACUGCUGUCACAAAAUCUGCACUUUUGAGUCAGCGACAGUCGAUGGGUGUGGCCGUUUUUCCCGGCGCCAUAAAUCGCAGUUUCUUUACGGAACGCCAGAAGCUGCGCAGUGUCGGUGACUCAUCGCAGGAUUUAGAUAGUGGCAGUGGUAAUGACAGUGGCACUGGUGGUGGUCAUAAUUCAUCAGCUGCGGAGCGUGUGAAAAAUAGCGGUAGUGCCAGUGGUGGCGAAAUGUCCGAUAGUCAACGUAGUUUAAGUGAAGGUCGUUUAGUUGAUAGUGAUUAUUCACGCGAUGGUCUCUCCCAGUCGCAUGACAGUGUUUUCUCCGAAUCAGCUACCGCCAGUAGUUUAUCUAUAGUUUUAAAGGCCGAGCUUGCUGAUGUCUUGCGUAAACGCCGCAAUCGACCAGAUGCAUCCGAUGAAGAUUUGGGUCUACCCCGUAGUCCAGCAUCGCCACAAAGACGUGCAGCAAACUCACAGCAUCAUGCCACGGCAGCUGCCUCAGCUUCGGCCAGUAACAAAUCGAUUAUGGGUGAAAAACACAGUGAAGUAUCCUCCCUGAGCUUAUUGAGCAUGAACAGUAAUGAGGGUGAGGAUUUAAUGGUCAACUCGUCAACAGCAACAACAACAACGAAUAAUUCGACCACAACAGAGAUCGUGCAGGAACGUAGCACAGCCACCAGAUAUUCACGAUCAUCGACAAUGUCUAGCAUAUCAACGUCAUCGGAUAUUUUGAGACAUCGUGAUUCGUCAUUUAACGAUGCUAAAGAUGAGGUGGAUUUGUUUUCAUCCGAUUGGCAGAGAUUGUCACAUUCGGCAGCCAAGCAUAAAAUGGCAAUAAGGCCGACUAAGAAAAAGGGUGGCCCCAGUCGACAACAUAGAAGGACAUUGGAGACUUCAAUACCAGAGGCCAAUGAAGAUUUGAAUAAGUUUGUUAACAAACAAAUAUUGGAUGUUAAAGAUUUGGAUACCAAAGCUAAGACUCGUUCUCUCCCACCGGGCGUCAAUGCUGCUAAACUAAUGGACGAACCAACACACACUGCCACCACCAAGGAGUCCAUAACGAAAACUACGAAAAUUCAAACCAAUUCGAAUAUCACACAAUCUACGAACUCUUCGAAUACUAAUACAACAUCAGCAACAACUACUACUACUACUAACUUAUUUGGCUUGCGCAAUUUAACAGCUAAAGCCAGCGCCAUGUUUGAAUCCAAAGAUUCUCUACAAACCGAGGAAGUUACUAAGAAAUCCGAAAUAACUAAGAAAUCGGAGGUGGUGGAUAAAACCACCCAGCCCAUGGAAACCACAGAAACUGGUUUUCUACGUCGUUUAAUGCAUCGCAAUUCAAAACGUUCUAUAGCCAAGGCUAAUGCUGAUGAAGGCGAUCAAGAUGAACUGGAUAAGAAGCAAAAUGAACCAAAGAAAAUACAAAUGUCGUCAGCUAACUCGGUCAUUAGCACCAAUGUUUUGGAGAAAUCCAUGAACGAAUUUGUAACGUAUGAGAAUACGGUAGAAGAGAAACGCAAAGAGAUUAAGAGAGAAAUUUACCAGGAAGGUAAAACAGUGGGCCUAACAUCAAUUGCAAAUAACUUUGCAAUGACAGUUAAAGAUGAACGCAAAAUAGAGGACAAAUCUCCCUCUAAACCCAAAUCAGGCCCAGCUGCUCGCCAACGUUAUUUGCCCCAGAAUAUCAGCAAUGAGGAUUUGGUGAAGAUAAGCGAAGAGAAGCCAGUAACUAAAGAAUCUAUACUCUCAAAAUCAUUAACAAAUGAAACCUUCCAAUCCACUUCUCUUAUACGAGAGAUUACCAAACAGCAAUCGAGUAUGGGUAGUUCACCGGUAAAGAACGAACAUCAUUUUGAAAAGAAACCCAAAAUAGUGGGUCUAUCAGCUUUCCAACAAAAAGUUUCUCGCUCUAAUGAUUCAUUUGCUCGAGCCUCUUCAAACACUUCCAUGGUAUCAUUGGAUAAAUCCGACGAUGAGUUAAGCUCAUCUACACGCUUGCAAACCUACGAACAAAAACAACGCAAGUCGGUGGAAAAAUCAAGAAGUUUUAGGGCCUAUGGUGAUCAAAAGGAUAAUGUUACUUCUACCACCGUACACAAUAAUAUGCCUAGUUUACCCGAUUUAAGUCUAAACUUAAGAGUUCCCUACUACAAGGAUUUUAUAUUAAAUGAGAAGGAAUAUUCCUCACCCUCACCACCUGAGCUACAGGACGAAAAACACACUUCGUUGGGUUUCGAAAUCAAUGAUAAUAAAUUGGUGAAACCAGAGCGUGAAAGCCGGAAGUCAUUCAGUAACUAUGAUAAAAAUAUAAUCAUGACUACCAGCACCAAUUGUUUAGGAGCCAGCAAGACUACACCCACCAAACUGUUAACACCAGCGGCGGUAGUUUCAUCUUUUAACACCUCCUCCUCAGGUUCAUGCAAUAAAAAUAUAUCCGAAAUAGAAAAUAACAUCGAUCUGAUUGUUAAAUCACCUUUUGUGAGUGUUAUAAGAAAAUCUAUUAAUUUGACCGAAGAGCAAGCAGAUGAGGUGACCAAAGUUUCAGCCCCUACAGCAUUCCUAAGCGAAAAGGUUAGGCCUACAGUGUUGUCUCUGAAAAAAGAGAAAUCCUUGAGUGAAGAGAAUAUCUUGACAUCACCCAGUAUAGCUUCAGUUACGCUAAGAGACAAGCCGGCAGUGAAAGCAAAUACCAUAUACUGUAGCGGCAUAGAAACACAAGCCAAGGAAAUAGAGAGAAAAUCAGCGCCGGCUAUUAACAACAAAACCUCGAAUGGUUUUAGAUGUAAUUCCACCCGUAGAUCUUCAAGUGUGGUGGAAUCGUCAGAGGUGAAACCACGUUCUACUGUACCCGAAUUUUUGAAAAUACAAUUGAAUCGUGUAGAUCCAACUAGAACCUCAAAAAGUCAUGUAGUUUUAGCUAAAAAUGUUAAGGAAACCUGUGCUCCCUUGUCCAGGGAAAGUUCACCAGAAAAGAAUACCAGCAGCAGCAGUAUGGAUGAUCUAAGCAUGCGACGUUUGAGCAGUGAAAGUGUGGACAUUAAUGAAAGGGCUUCGCCCGAGACUGAGAAAAGAUUUUCGGGACUUUAUCAUGAAGCGAUUAACAAACAACCUAAAUUAUGUACAGGACUACCACCCAAGAGUCCAAUUAAGAAAACACCCACCACACCUACAACACCACCAACGCCCACCAUCAAUGAGAGAGAUGCCAGUAGAGAUCAUUUCAAACUGCCAGAGACUUUGGAAAAUAACAGCAGCAGCUCUUCUGGCUCUAACACCAACUCCUUGUCAUUGCAGGAGCGCAGACGUCUCUUUAUGAAUGAGGAGAAAUCCAAAAUGGAGAAGAAAAUGGAAGACAUACGAUUUGAACGCAAGAAGUCCUUAAGUGAAGAGGUGACCAAAAAGUCUUCCUCCUCAAAAAGCGAAAGCGAACAAAAGGAAGUGAUUUAUAAGGAUUUGUCUCCGGUAGACAGUUCAGUGAUUUUACGCAAAAAAUCAUUUGCCUCUUCUGUGCAUUCUCUAAAUGGAAACUCCGUAAAUAGCAGUAGCAGCAGCAGCAGUAGUAGUAAUGGCAAUAAUACGAAUUGCUCUAAACGAGAUGAUUCUACGCCCGAGCUAAUGAAAGUAUUUGCCAGAAGAUCUCUGAAAAUAAAAGAUGAAGAUUUAGAUAAAAUGCUUAAUACCAAUGGCAAUAGCAAUUUAUCUGCGCCACAGACCCUAAAGAAAUUCAAUAGCCCCUGUGCUAAUCCAAGUGUGGAUAGUGAUAAGGAAAAUCAGUCGGCCAGUGAUGAAAAAUUGGAUAAAUUACCCAAAUUGGAAGCAAAUCCAACCAAAAUACACAACAGCCAAACAUCGUUAAAUGGCUCGGUGAGCAAUAAUAACAAUAAUAAUAGAAACUCUUUGGCGGAUUUCCGUUUGGGAGGCAGCAAAAUUUCCCACUCGGCAUUGUCUAUGAAUAACAAUAACAAUAGUAAUAAUAAUAACUCCAAUAUUAAUGAAUCAGCGGCUUUGAGUAACAACAAAAGCUUUUUACCACCCAUUAAAAUAGCUGGCGGCUUCAGAGCCAUGUCUAUAGAACGUAAUAACAAUCACAAUAAUGUUUUAUCACCUACCAAAGCCUCAUCCACCUUGGAGAGAUCCACCAUUAAAUUAGGCGAUCUAAGUUCAUCCUCCAGCACCGAUGGCCCUAUUAAUCUAAGCAAAACCAUAGAAAGAUCAGCCACCAUGGGAGAAUUUAAGGGCAUACACCAGCGACGAGCCGAAUGGGAGCAAAGAGCCAAGGAAGCUUUAAAAUAAACUGAGAUUUAAAAAGUUUAAUACAAAAUGUUGCAAACAAGAGGCUUUAAAUUGAUCUUGAUAAAAGAAAAGAGUGUUUAGAAAUACAUAUGUAGUUAUAUUAGCAAAAUGCUUCUUAACCAACCUCUUUAUGCCUUCCUUACAAUCCUACAAAGAGCUUCUCUUCUUGACAAGAAAAAGAGCAUUUAUUUAAAUUUCUUUUAAUCAUUUUUCUCUCUCUCUACUAAGCGAAAAUGUUUAUUAAUUCUGAGACUAUUUUAAUCAUAUUUAAAAUAUUUUUGAGAUUUUGUUUAACAUUUUUGUUGGUGUUCUUUUUUUGAGAAAAAAACCCCCUUAAAACUUUAAGAAGACUUUAAUGUUAAAUUAUAGGAAUGUUUAUUAAAACAAAUGUUAAAAAUUACUAAAUAUUGUGUAAAUACUAAAACAAUUAAACAAUCAAUAAUAAACUUAAGAAUGAUAGAUCCAGUAUACUAAGAUAGUUUGGAACAUAAUUGUCUAACAGAACGAGUAGCAACAAAUUUAGCGGCAAAAUAAACAGCUUUAGAAUGAUAGAAAGUUUUUCAACACAUUUAUUUUAAAAGCUUCUUUUUAAGAGUAAAUAAGGCAAGAGAUAAAUUACAAAAGAAUUUAAGAGAAUUAAUAAAAGAUCUUGCAAUUAAGGCGUUUCGAUGUUGAAAUGGAAUAAAACAAUGACUUCGUCGCUUAGAUCCGGUUAUGUGGACCCCACCUUAUUGGAAACCCCUUAAAAAGAAAACUUUUUAAAUAAAUAAAAUUCGAAAUUUUUUAAAUAUUAAUUUUAAUUAAUUUUAGUUAAAUUUCAACUAACGAGUCUAAUACAUCUAUCUAUACACAUCAUUUUCGAAACACAAAACUAUUUGAAAAUUUCAUUAUAAUUAAAAAAAAAAUAAUUUUAAUGAAAUUUGCUUCAUUAAUUUUUCAUAAAAUAACACAUACAUACAUAUCUUUAGAAAAUUUCUUAAAUUCUUUUUUCAAUUUAUCUCAGCUUUACUCUAACAGAUUCGUUUUGAAAACUUUAACCCAAAUCAGUUAAAAUAAGUUUUUUUUUACCAAACAAAUUAAAAACAGUGACCACAAUAAACAAAACCUUUUAAAUUAA